GGGGGCCGGGAGGGUCCGGGCCGGGUCCGGCCCCGCUACCUCCUCCCCACGCCGGGACCGCUGGGCUGGCGUCCGGCGCCCCAGCCCGCUCCACCCAGAUAGAUGGACUUUAAGAAAAUUGCUGAGGAAAUUUCCCAAAAGAUUUUGUCGUACAACCGUGAUACAUCAGGGUGGAGAGUGGCCAAAACUUCAAAAAAGAUUACAGUUUCCUGGAAGCCUUCUAAAGAGUAUGGAGGAAAUUUGUACCGUGGAGAAGGAGUAGUAAAAGAAGCACCAGCUAAAUUAAUUCAGUUCAUGUACCUUCCAGAACACCGAACCAAGUGGGAUAAGUCUUUGCAAAUAUAUAAACUGUUACAAAGGAUUGAUGCGGAUACAUUUAUUUGUCACACCGUUACGCACAGUUUUGGCAUGGGCUCUAUAUCGCCCAGAGAUUUUGUCGAUUUAGUACACAUCAAGGUCUACGAAGGGGAUGUUUCAAUCGUCAGUUCAGUGAGUGUGGAGUAUCCACAGUGCUCUCCAUCUUCAUCUUGCAUCCGUGGUUAUAACCACCCUUGUGGUUAUGUUUGUUCGCCUCUGCCAGAGAAUCCAUCAUAUUCCAGAUUGGUGGUGUUUGUUCAGCCUGAACUGAGAGGAAACUUACCCCGUCCAGUGAUUGAAUCUGCAUUGCCUACCAGUUUAGUAAACUUGAUCAGCGAUUUAAAAGAUGGAAUAAAAUCACCUAAGAGUCAUUCAUCACAUGCACACAAAAAAUGAAAUGGUUUUACUGCUAUUAAAUCAUACACUGAUAUCCCUCCAAUUUGUUUUUCUAUAUGAAAUGAAGAUUACAUUGAUCUAGUCAGUAUUCUCAUGAAAAUCAGUGACAGUUCAAAAAACGAACUCAUAAUUGUACUAGGAACAGCAUUAAAUAUAGUCUUUCAUUGUAGAAACAACACUGAUGUUGUUAAACAUCAUAUGAUUUGAAUAAUGCCAUUUGUAUUUUGCUUUCUUAUGUGAAAGUGCUUCUGAAUGAGAUUAGAAAUGCCAAGAAAAUAAGUGCAAUAUUAUGAGUGCAACAUAAUCAGGAGAUGGAGAAUUUUUCACUUCAUUUGCUGAACAAAGCUGAGAAUUUUAUGUAACCGGGGGAGAGAAAAUGUUUGUUGAUGAAAACAUGCUCCUCUAGUAUCUCCCAAACAAUAUUAAGAAUUACAGCAAAAUGUGACAGUGCCAGAAAACCUCUAGAGUCAUCAUAUGUGGAAUAAGCUAGUCUUCUAAAUAGUGAUUCUUUCCUAGAACCUCCUAUUAUAGCUUUAAAGCAUCGAUUUCCGAUGAAGUACUAUGAUGUGCGUUGCAGGUUUGUCUGUACUAGCAAUUCAGAAAUUUCUAACUCCUUUCAGUACAACGGUAUCAUUUUCAGAGUCAAUACACCCGUUUCCAUUUCAA